GGUUCCCGCUGCUCAAAAUAACUUGGGACCUGCAAACUGACAAAUGCUAUUGCUCCGGUGGUGACAGGUUGUCCAGCUUCUUACAGCCAUCCUCAGAAAAACGAAGGUUAACUUCCUUCGCCGUAUGGACUACUAGCUCUCUCUCUCCUUAAGGUCUCGAAGAAUUCCCUUGCUUCCACAACUGAAAUCUCAGACUUCUGGAUAAUUGUCAUCUCUACUUACUGCCAGGGUUGGGCAGCGACAUCUGGAGCAAUUGAAAAAGCAUGCAAGACGACAGUUUAGAAUCCUCUACUUCAAUAUCUCAACUUCUGAGAGAAAGUUAUUUAGCUGAAACUAAACACCAAGGGAACAGAGAAAGAAGUAGAUCAGAACCAACUUCACAUAAUUUCCAUUAUGGCAACACUUCUGGUGAUUCAGAUGAGGUAGCUCCUCCAGAUGACCUUCCAGAUCUCUCUGCCUUUUUGAGCCAGGAAGAGUUAGAUCAAAGUGUAAACCUUGCAAGACAAGCUAUUGAUCAGAAUCCACUUGAAACUAAACGGGACGAGCUUCAGACACAUUCACAUCAAUCCUCCGAUCUGCUGAAAAACACCGGAAAAACAAUUUCAAACAAACAAACGGCCCAGUCUGCAGCUUUGAAAACGUCAGACAAUGGCCUGCACUCAAACUUUUGUCAGGACCAUGUCAGAGAUAUGAAGGGCUCCAAAGGGAGCUCUCAAGAUCUGAAGAAACAACAGCUUCCUUCUGAAUCAGAAUCGAAAAAGGAAUUCUUAAACAAAGCAGCUGAUUUUAUUGAGGAGCUCUCGUCACUUUUCAAAGCUCACAACUCAGAAAGAAUAAGACCUCGAACAUGCAAAAACUACCGGAGCAAAGCUGAUUCUAAGAAUAAGCCUGCUCAAAAAGGUACCUCUAGCUUUUCUAGUACAUCAGAAAACAGAGAAAGACUUUCCAUUCCAAUACCUCAAGACCUGGAAAAUAAACCAGAGAAAACAUUUGAAAAAAUAGAUGAUCAACAGACGGCAAACUUGGAAUCUAUCAAUCAAUUAGCAAGUGCAGAGCUAAAAACAGAGUCAGAAUCUGCAUCUGUAUAUUCUGAUGAGCCCAUUGGACAACCACCACGCUUUACUCAAAAACUGAAGAGCAGGGAAGUUCCUGAAGGAACCAAAGUGCAAUUGGACUGCAUUGUGGUAGGAAUCCCAGCACCAGAAGUCAGGUGGUAUUGUGAAGGGAAAGAACUUGAAAACUCACCAGACAUUCAAAUUAUCCAGGCAGGAGAUCAGCACUCCUUGGUUAUUGUUGAAGCCUUUGAGGAGGAUACAGGACGUUACUCGUGCUUUGCUUCAAACAUCUAUGGAACAGACUCCACUUCUGCAGAGAUUUACAUAGAAGGAGUCUCCUCCUCUGACUCUGAAGGCGAAACCAUCAAAGACGAAAUGAAUCGAACCGCAAAGACAGCCGACAUCUCUUUGAAUGCAGCAUCUCCUACUGCUAAAGCUGCAACCAAGCACCAAGAAACUUCCAAGGCACCAUCUGCUAUGGUUCAACCUGUGUCUGUACCAGUUCAGCCUGCAUCAACACCAGUUAAUCAGGCUCAAAGCCCCACUAACUAUUUGCAAGGACUGGAUGGAAGACCUAUAAUAGCUGCUCCUGUAUUUACAAAGAUGUUACAGGAUAUUUCAGCUUCUGAAGGUCAACUUGUCGUCUUUGAAUGUCGGGUGAAAGGAGCUCCUUCUCCAAAGGUUGAAUGGUACAGAGAAGGAACACUGAUAGCAGAUUCUCCAGAUUUUAGGAUAUUACAGAAAAAACCACGAUCUAUGGCUGAACCAGAGGAAAUUUGUACUCUGGUAAUUGCUGAAGUAUUCUCAGAAGAUUCGGGCAGUUUUACAUGUACUGCAAGCAAUAAAUACGGCACAGUAUCCAGUAUAGCUCAUCUAACUGUCAAAGCAUCUGAAGACAAGAGUAAUGCUGCUACUCUUCAAACAAUGAGCUCGAUCAACUUAAUUGCUGCUGAACAGCAACCUCCCCCACGGACUCCUUCCCAUCCUGUGGUAAACCAGCCCCCAAAGCCGAAACUCGAAGGUGUUCUUGUGAACCACAAUGAACCUAGGUCAAGUUCCAAAAUAGGUCUCCGUGUGCACUUCAAGCUGCCUGAAGAUGAUAAAAGUGAAUCAGCAUCAGAGGAUGGACCUGAGGCUGCAAAUCAGACCAGACCCAGCUAUUUCCCAGACAGGAUAAAUGGACAGGCAAUGAAAAUACCAGAGCCAACAUCACCCUCCAAGGAACCCCCGCCAGUACUGGCUAAACCAAAGCUUGAUCAGACACAGUUAAAACAGCUCCACUACCAGGUCUUGCUUGAACAACAGCAGCUGCAUCAGACAUCUACAAGAGAGUUGUCAUUCAGCUCAUCUUUACUGAAUUCUGCUACUUCACUCAACCAACAGUCCACCUCAACCACGUUCAAACAAGGCAAAGCCUCUUCUUCACAAUCAUUCAGCUACACCCGACCCAAGCAGUUCCUACCACCACAGGCCACAUCACCCACCAAUUCGUCUUCUAGCUCUUCAGUGACGUCAUUCAGCAAUGUCCCUCAAGGAACCCAAAGAACAAAUAACAAGGAAAAUUUCAUAGGAACUUCUCCAUCUGCCCAGCCAAGGUCUUCAGGAGGGUUUACAAGCAAAAGUGAACAGUCCCUACCAAGUCCUAAAGAAUCCAUGGUACCUCCAUUAACAGUUUCUACAUCUAGUGGGAAGCAGAUUCAGCCACAAAGUGUCACUCCUGCUCCUAUCUCCCCAACCAGCCGGGUGCAGAAUCCAGUAGCUUUUCUUAGUGCUGUUCUUCCUUCACUUCCUACUGUGCCAUCAACCAAUGCAAUGGGAUUGCCCAGAAGUACACCAGUUACCCCAACACAGGGAUUAACAAAAAAAAAUCUGAAGCCUCUGACAGUAUCAACAGAUGAUUCUAUUCGGGACAAUAAAACUGCACUUCUCAAGGACCUGGAAAGAAAGCUGCAUUUCAGAGAUGGUGUUAAUCAACAAAGUAGUCAGCAGAGAACACCAUAUGAUGAAAAACUGACCCUCAGACUUCAGAGAGGAAGCAAUGAUUCCCCAGUCUUCAACUAUACAAGUCAGGAGGUAUCACAGGAAUACAAGAUUUCAAGCUUUGAGCAGAGGCUCAUGAAUGAGAUAGAAUUUCGCCUUGAACGUACCCCAGUGGAUGAAUCAGAUGAUGAAGUCCAACACGAGGAAAUCCCUACAGGCAAAUGUAUAGCACCAAUUUUUGACAAGAGACUCAAGCAUUUUCGGGUCAUGGAAGGAUCUCCUAUUACAUUCACUUGCAAAAUAGUUGGAAUACCUGUUCCCAAGGUAUACUGGUUCAAGGAUGGCAAGCAGAUUUCAAAGAAAAAUGCACAUUUCAAAAUGAAUAGAGACGAAGACGGAACAUGUUCUUUACAUAUUGGAGCUGCAACGAAUGAUGAUGAUGGCAAUUAUACAAUUAUGGCUGCAAACCCACAAGGGAGAAUCAGUUGUUCAGGUCACCUGAUGGUUCAGACUAUUCCUGUUCGGGGCCGAAUAUCAACAAUUCAGUCUCACAGAACACGGUCCCGGGUGCCAGAAGGGGACAAAGAAGCAGUUCAAGAACGUUUUUUCAGGCCAUACUUUCUACAGGCUCCAGGUGACAUGGUAGCACAUGAAGGGCGACUUUGUAGAUUGGAUUGUAAGGUGAGCGGGUUACCAACUCCAGACCUGACGUGGCUUCUGAAUGGCAAACCUGUGUUACCAGAUGGCACUCACAAGAUGCUGGUCAGAGAGACUGGAGUUCACUCUCUUCUUAUUGAUCCUCUCACACAAAAUGAUGCUGGGACUUAUACUUGCCUUGCCACUAAUAAAACAGGACAAAAUUCAUUUAGCCUGGAGCUCACUGUUGUAGCGAAGGAAGUAAAAAGAGCCCCCAUGUUCUUGGAGAAGCUUCAGAACUGCGGUGUUCCUGAAGGGUACCCAGUGAGACUAGAGUGCAGAGUAGUGGGAAUGCCACCCCCCAUAUUUUAUUGGAAGAAGGAUAAUGAAACCAUCCCAUCAAACAGAGAAAGGAUGAGCAUGCACCAAGAUACCACAGGAUACGUCUGCCUUUUGAUUCAGCCUGCCAAGAAAGCAGAUGCUGGCUGGUACACCUUGUCUGCAAAAAAUGAAGCUGGUAUUGUCUCUUGCACUGCUAGACUUGACAUAUAUGCUCAGUGGCACCGUCAAAUUCCACAACCAAUAAAGCUCCGACCUGGUAGCAGCCGGUAUGCAAACCUCACUGGUCAAGGACUGGAUGUUUUUUCUGCCUUCCCCACUACUGAAAGCCCAAUGCUGUUUUCAUCCUCAUCUCAAAACAUAGUGGAAAGUGAAGAACUUUGAGAAACAAACAAAUAGUCGUUCCAGUUAUACCUGCAGAUUUACUAGAACUGUGAAAAAAAAUAAAGAGGUACAAGUCAAGAUACUCAAGGUUUACAAGCAACUUGUUUGUAAUAACUGUAAUGCUGCUGCAACUGUUGCAUGUAACAUACACAAGACUUUUGCAUAGUAUUUUACUGCAGGAUGAUUGUGGUAUGGAGUGUUGUGCAAUAAAUUCAACACUGUGUAGUUUGCUAAGAAUUACAUAGUAAAUGGUCAUAGUUUUCAGCACUUAAAAGCCAAUACCACUUUUACUACUUAAAUUAAAGCUACUGUACCUGUUGCAAGCUAUGUUAAGGAUUGAUGAUGUUUAGCUGGAAUACUGCCAGUACUUAAUAUCCAUUAACAUUAAAUAAUAAUCAUCCUGAAUGAGGGAAAACAACAUGACUUUGAAUGUAAUUCUAAAAACAUGCCUGAUACUCACAAAGCACAAGUAAAAGGGAAAAGAUGGAACUGAUUUUUAUAUAUGAUUAUGCCAGAUAAUCCUAGAUUUGAUGAAUUCAAGACUAGAUAAGUAUAGCAUUUCAUAUAGCUACAGCUGUAUACAUUAUAUAUUUAUAUUUUUGCGUGUGUGUACUCCAUGAACAGUGUACUCAUGGUGUAUUGAUUCAUAAAGUAAGGCACAGGGCAUGUGCACAGGACUCUAGCAUAGGAAACUGAACUUCCUGCUGUCUGAAGCACGUUCUGUAGAGCCCAUAGCUGAAAUUAAUAUUUUUUCAAAUGUGCUUCAUUUUUUUCAAUACAAUGAUUCUCUGCCUUUAAAUACAGAUGAUAUCAAGCUUGUAACUUCAAGGGUUUUAAAUAUCAAUCUGCUUUUCCUAAUUUUUAACAUGUCUAAAAGAAAAAGUGCAUCUACCUUCCAGCUCAUUUCUAAACUAACUGAAAAGAAAUUAUGAUCUGGUGGAAUUAAAUAAUUUCACAAUCAUUUAGGAAAUGAUCACAAGUCUGUUUUUUACUAUUAAAAUAGAGAACAUUUCAUUAAUAUACAAAAAGGCUAGAAUUUAAGAAACAGUUAUAUGCAGAGAGCUAAAAAAAAAAAAAACUUACUGUAACUACUAAUAGUAGUAAGUAAGGCCAUUUAUUGAGGGUGUAACAGAGGAUGUUAAGCAAUGACACUAUGACACUACAUGAUUGAUUUAAAUAUAUUUAGCAUCUACUCAGUUGUACGAAUACCUCCUAGCUCUAGAAUCUGUGAAUAUGUAAGAUGAUUUCUUUUAUCUUUAAAUUCUUGCUAUUGCUCUUAUCUGGACUUUGUUUUCAAGUAGUUAUUUUUUAUUGCUCUAAACAUGCAACAAACUCCUGAUCAGAGUCACCGAGAUGAAAAAAUACAUUAACAGAUACUUUAUUUUUAGAUCCUAUUUGGAUUUUUUUCAAAGUUAGAAAUGUAACUGGAAAACAUUACAAAUGUAAAGAGAACAAUGACGAGAUAUCUUAAGAGCAAAAGAAUAGCAGAUAUAGCCAGAGACAGAGAAGGAGAUAGCCUCUCACCCUUGGGUUUGUACAAAACCAGCUUAUGUUGUCCCCACCUGUUAGUUCUCUAAGGGUUCAGAUGAAGUGAAUUUGUAGUAUUGUUUCACUUCCUACUUGAGUGGAAGCCAUAAUACAAAACCCCAUCACAACUUUUAUGCCUUUGUUAAAAAUCUCAGGUGAUUCACCCCAGCCUGAACAGAUCAGGAAGUUAAAAUACAUUCUUAUCCUGAGAGAUAUGAAAGGUAUUUCAGUGGGAAAGCAGAAAUACCAUUUGUUGUCCAUAUUGUACCUCUUCCCUGGCAAACAAAACAGAAUUAAUAGCUGCAAAAAGCAAUGCAUUGAUUCAAGUGACUCAAUUAUUGCGCACCCAACUUGAGACACACUGUGGGUCUGAUUUCUGGAACAGAGAACCUGCUGCUCCUCUUCUCUUCACUUGUUUGCAGGAUAGCCUAGGGACUCUAAAACCAAACCCAAAGUGAGUCAGAGUUGGGCAAUGCAAAAUUCAAUUUCCCAUACUAGAGACUCUUCUUGCGAAAAUAACUCAGAGGAAAGUUAUUGGCCAUUGCACAUUUAAUCCACCGGGGAAAAGGGAGAAAAUUACGACAGAAAAGGUCAAAUUUUGCUCCCAUCUACAGCCCUGACUGUCCCACUAUUUCAUGCCAGAAAUGAAAAGCAGAUUUUGAUCCAAAGUAUGCAAAGUUGUGUAUCAGUCAUCAGGCUUUAUACCUAGCAUAGGCUUACUCAGGCUAUUGUCCUGCUCAAAACGCUGUGUUAGUCCUCUAGCCCAGCACCACACUGGGAGUUGGACCAGAUGACCUCCUCAGGUUCCUUCUGACCUGAAUUAGUCUGUUUCCUAAAUUGUUCUACUUCCACUGUCUGUCUGAAUACCGACGGAGAUGCACAAACUAAAGAAAUCAAACAAGCACAAACUUUUCUUUUUUGUCUGGGUUAACUCAUGUUUUACUAAGCAAUUGUAGCUCUGAAAGUAAUCAUGUUACCUAAGUUCUUUACAUAGUUUAGAAGACUGGAAUAGCAGUAUGUUUACUAUGAGCAAAUAUCUGGCUGCCAGUGCUGGAAUCAUACUUGUUAGUAUUGCUGACAACAGUAGUGGUUCUCACAUUUUAAAACAUCAGACAGUAUGCCCAAGGAACAGUGUAAAUUACAACACAAAGUGCAUAAAGGAAACACCCAAACUGUACCUCUUCAUCCUCUUCCGAGUGACUUCAGUGGAAUGUCUCCAGACUUACAUUGUUUUAAACCUCAACAGACAAGCUGACUUGGUUAAGUGGUACAACAUUAGGGAAAAAAAAAAAAAGUUCAGUUCUUUGGAAAUGAGGAAUAAAAAAGCUACUAGUGAAAGACUUCUCAAAAAUCUGCAUAAGGAUUAACCCUUCUUAGUCAGUUUAAGAAGAGGCCCCAGAAGUUUCACUAAGAGACAGGCAAUCGACAGUGGGUCAACAAGAUCUGGCAGCUGAAAGUGUCUCUUCAUUGUAUUUACUAGCAAAAGGAUGAGAACUUUUUACCCGUUACACCUCUCUACAUAAUGCAUAAGUCAACAGAAUUAGUUGGAGUGUAUCUGAUACAAACAAAAUCAGAAUCUGAUCCUAAAUGAUCUCUAGUCAUUGUUAAUUUUUGUUCUUGUUAACUGCUACAGAACAUUUCUGCUCUGCAUACACUGAGCCUAUAAAAUGACUAUGUAGAAGAAGCUUACAUGAAUGAAUGUAAAUGCUAUUAAUUAGUAGUACUUGUGCACUCUUGUCACAAAUAAAACUUUGCAGAAAAAAAGACUCAUUAACUGGAUAUUUUCUGAUUCAGAAGUUUCCUGUUUCCUCCUAGUCAUAGUUUUGUAUAUGACAUAACAGAGACACAGUUUAUUUCAAGAAAUAGCAAAAAUGACAACUUUUAUGUUGUAAUUCUAGAAAGCAAAAGCAUUACACCUUUGCUUUAAAAUGUUUGGCUCAGCUUGAUGCAGGCCUAAUCCUCAGCAGCAUCAUAUAGCAACUUGCACUGACUCUAUUGGACUUCUUGCCUAAAGCAGCUGGACUGAGUUCCUUUGCUUCCACAUGGAAGGUGGAGCAUACCCUCUGAAUGCCGCACGAAUGCUCACGUGAAGAGCAGGUGAGAGCACACACCUCAGAAUACAAAAAAACGAAUCUGCAGUCUCUAUCUUAGUAUGUAAACAGUUGCCAAUUGCAAUCAUUAACAGUAACGAUAGAUACUGCAAAGAACAAAUCUGGAAUGAGAAUUUCUUUAAGAACUGUGUUCUUAAUGCUGCAAGGUUUAAAUGCAUUAGUUUUUGGAAAAUGAUUUCGUAUAAAAUGAUCAGCACGACAUAACGAAAAAUUUUAAUUGUUAAAUAUUACAGAAGUGAUUCACUGUUAAUUGCCUAUUUCCAAUAUAAAGAUGUUCACUUUGAGCCUUAAAACUCUAUUUUGUAAUUUUUUCUUGAUUAAAGUCACUAUUUUUUAUUUUUUGAUCCAAAGUCAUUCUCAAUGGGAAGAAAAAUGUUGUGGUAGUUUUAAAGUAAAUGUUAAGUGCAUAUGAAAGAAAAAAAAUAAGCACCUGACUGUUCAAUGAUGUAUUUUCUCUUCAUCUCAUCUAAACUAAAUAAAUGCUUCUGAGUUGCAUACUA